UUUUAUAUAUAUAAUCGCCGCCACAAAUCAAGAACUCCCCCCCAUUCCCUCUUCUUCUCCUUCUCUUCGCUUUCAAAACCCUACCCUUCUUCUCCUCCGAUCUCUCCAUCGCCAUCUCCUCUGCUCGAUCGCGCACUGGCGAUGUCGCGGGUCAAGGGCACCAGCUUGCCCCAGACCCAGCUCCGGUUGUCGGCGUUUCAUGGCCCCCAGGUCCUCCGUACCCCACCCAAUAGGCAAUUCCCGCUCUUCUCCUCCGAUCACAGGCCCUCCCCUGCCUUCGAUCACCGCGUCUUCUCCGAUCUCUGUGGGAAAUCCCCCGUCGGCGCUGAGAAGGACUUGAUCUCCAUCCCCCCUUUGGCUGCUCGCCAGCCGAACCUGGAUCUAAAACAAAAAAGUGGGAUGGAAGAUCAUAAAGUUAAUGCUGGUGGGACAAUUUCUAGUAAAAAAGAAACAAAGAAUGAGGCUAGCAAUCACAUGCUUGCAUCUGGUUCAGGCACAGCUGGUAAACGCCAGAGGAAACCAAAGAGUUUAAAACAAAGGGGAAUUAUGCAGCAAACUGCUGAAUUGGCCGAGGGUUCCACUUUCAAUGCGAUGGGUCCUUCUAGCAGCUGCCGUUACGAUAGUUCUCUAGGAUUGUUGACAAAGAAAUUCAUCAACUUGCUUCAAGAAGCUGAGGACGGAACCCUUGAUCUAAAUAGAGCAGCUGAUGUUUUAGAGGUCCAAAAGCGCAGGAUAUAUGAUAUUACAAAUGUUCUUGAAGGAGUAGGGUUGAUUGAGAAAAAGUUGAAGAAUCAGAUCCACUGGAAGGGAGUUGAUAUGUCAAAGCCAAAGGAGCUGGAUGAUCAAGUAUCUGCUCUGAAGUCUGCAGUUGAAACCCUAGAAGCGGAAGAUAUCCAACUUGAUGGAAUGAUAAGUGAUAUGCAGGAAAGUCUAAGACUUUUGAGUGCAGAUGAGAACAAUCAAAAAUGGCUGUACCUCAGCAAAGAAGACAUAGUUAAUCUCCCAUGCUUUGAGGAUGUGAUGCUUAUUGCUGUAAAAGCUCCGCAUGGAACGUGUCUGGAGGUUCCGGAUCCUGAAGAGGGUGUUGAAUUUCCGCAUAGACACUACCAAAUUCUUGUGAGGAGUGCAUUAGGUCCAAUUAAUUGUUACCUUCUGAGCAACCAUGAAGAGACAUUUGAGACUUCAAAUCACAACAAGAACAACACAUCUCCGUCCCCUAAUGACAGAGAUAAAAGUGGUUUAGAAUAUGAGAAAGGAAGGUACCAAGCAGUUUCUGGGUUUUCUUCAGAUUCUGUCGGAUCAGAGGAGUGUGUGGAUGGCAUUAUGAAGAUUGUUCCAUCCGAUGUUGAUGUGGACGCUGAUUACUGGCUCUCAUCGGAUGCCAGACUUUGUGUCACAGAUCAAUGGAGAACUGAGUAGUCUGAGUGAAUUCUGUUGCACAUUCGAAGGCAAUGGAGCAUUCCCUGUGGGCGCAACUGCAACUGUUGUAAAUCCAGAGGUAUCAACACGUCGGCUGUCUUUGCUUGGUGAAAUGUACAGAUUUUCAUGAGGCGUGAGAUCGAAGCAAGGAAGACAACGCCCCAUUGAGAAUAUGUAUAGAAGAUAAUCUCAAAAAAAAAAAAAACAAAAACAAAAACUAACUUAAACCACCUUUCGGAUAGCUCAACAACCUCAAUUCUCAGUUUUGAGCCUGAGUCUCCCUGAUAACCCCUGUAAAUUAUUGGUUUCUCAUAAAAUACUAGUUCUGAUUGCUUAGAGUUUCAGCUUCCAAAGAAGAAGCACUAUCAUCAAAAUUUCUUUUCAGUCAUGUUUCAUUCAUUGAUAGCGCAGCGUCAGCCGCUAGAUGUCAAUAGCGUCCUUCAAUUUGAUUGAUUAUUUACAUACCAGAAUAUUGAGAAAGACACUUAGAAUCUCAGC